AUGGCCCAAGUCACAGAGCACCCUUUUCGGACAAAGAGAAGAAAGCUUGAUGAGAGUGCUACUGGAGCAAAUGAUGUUUUCAAUAUUACGGCCCCUGGCCAGCUACGCGAGCUGCUGGCUUCCCAGCAAAAUGCCGGGAUUGCUAAUAGAGGUAUUCUUCAAUUCAAGGCAUUCUUGAUGUCUAUUGAAAAUGGGAGGGAGACCGAAAAGGCCCAGAGGCUAGAAAUAUUGAAAUCCUAUUGUGACAAGCAGUACACUCCUGCAAAAGAGAAAGAAGAGCAGUCAAUUUGCUUUCCAGAUAUCAUCUCGACAUGGAAUCUUGGUGAAACGAGUAACCAUGACCACCUACUUACUAAUGUUCCGUCGGUGCUUGCGAUAUUUCUAAAGACGAUCUCCAGUGAACUCGAAUUCAGGGAGUUCGGGCUCGCAUUGUGCAAGUUCUUACUGCAGAAGGACCAGUUGAAGCUUGUUAACCGUGGUCUGACCUCUAUGAAGACUAAAGAGCAUCUCAUCUCACCAUGUCUGCGUCUGCUUACGGAAAUUGUAACCUUUGAUGGUGGUGCCGUGGCGGGCCAACUCUACAACCGUCGCCACAUCACCUUUAAGCGUCUCGAGCUGUUCUUGCUACAUAUCAAGGAACAAGAUGAUAUGGAGAAUGCACCAAAGAAGUCUACUCUUAGACGCAAUGCCGUGCGAUAUGCUCUGGCCAACUUGAGAGUACAGCAUACAGCAGACAAGAGCGACAUGCUAGAGCAGUUCAAUCUUACCAGAGCUUUACUUGAUUAUCCCCGCCAGGACUCGCCAGAUUUGGUUAUAGACAUACUCAAGGCAAUCGACAGGGAUAUCGUGCAAGAUCCCUUGCUGCCACGAAAGUCGAAGAGCAAGUUUUUCAAUCGUUGGAACUUGGAGAGGCUAUUGACGCUUUAUGCAUACAACCGGAAAUCAGAUGAUCCUAACUUUGCGAAAAUCUCCAUUCCAAACGAGAUGCACACACUUUUGAUGAAGAUCUGCAAGGACUCUAGCCUUGGUCUUGUUCUAUCCGAAACAGGAUGGUACCCAGUCUCGACUGACCCAGAGAAUCUGCGUGUCGAUGAUGAUAACUCGAUUGAGCUGGGACUCGACUCUCCUAUUUAUGUAGACAAAUUCCGCGAUUCAGUUCCAGUUCGCAAUAACACGCUGUCACACAUCGUCCAAUCCCUUCGUAUCGAUUCGGACACCCUACAGAUUGAGUUGUUGAUGACUAUUUUCAAAGCGGCACCCGAACUUAUUGCCGAUUUCUUCACUAAGAAAGCUAUGUUCACUGCUGAUCCCAAGCUGACUCCCACAUGGAUGACGGAAUCAGCUUUCCUAUUUUCUACUGUGCAGCUUCCUGUUCCGACCAACUUCGGUUGGAAAGAUAAAUUGCCUCUUCUGCCGCCGCCAGUUUCGAUCGUUGUCGAAAACAUUCUUCCUCGUCCUCUCAGUCAGAAGACGAUGACUCGUUGCUUGCACCUGAAUUCUGAUGUGAUAAACCUGUUCGCUGUCCGAAUUUUGACCCAAGCAUUCAUGAAAUUGCGAGGUGUCCUGAAGAUAUUCCGCGCUGAUCAUGGAAGGAGCCAGCUGUUUUGGAAUCAGGCCUCUGCAAAGCUUCUUUCCGAGUUCGCUCUCAGAUGCCCAUCUAUCAAAGAUAUCAUUCUACUUUUCAAGCGGACAGCCAAAGAGGAUCUGCAACAACAGGAGGCCGUUGUAGAGCUCCUGAGCUGCUAUUACCAAGUGAUGCCUGAUAUUGCACUGGAGGACAACUUCGAUGUCUCCUUAGUUUUGGUGGAUGUUUUGAAAAGGUUGGAAGAACCUAAUAUUGCUGCUGACGACUCGGAGCUACUAUUCAGUCAAUUGCAAAGCGCACUUCAGAUUGCGCAACAGUCGACAUCGAUGCGCUGGUGGCAGAAACCAGCUUCGAUGGAAUACUCUCCUUUCACAUCAAUUCUUAAAGUUCUGGUGGAAUCCUCGGAUCCAACCUCCUCCCGUCGCUUUUCUAUUCUUCUGAGGACUAUUCUCGGCGAAAACUCCAUCCUUCGAAAUUCCCCAUUAUCCUUUAAUGCCCUGAUCUCUAGUCUGGGAGAUUCCGAAGCGGACCUGCACACGCAACUGGUCUUUAUUGAUAAUUGCGUGUGCCGAGUUGCCAAAAAGCCAGUCCAUUACCUGGACCUUGUUGGUGCUCUUUCAGAGGACAAAGAUGUGGCCUUGAGCCCUCUUGUAGCAACUGUUGUUGAGCAAUGGCCAUUUGUUGUCAAGGCAGGCAAUGAAGCCAACGAAAAGGCAGUCGCAGUAUGGAUUGCGAAGUUCUUUGGACAUUUGAAACAUGGUGGAGAAUGUGCAGAGGCUUUGAAGACUGCUCGGGACGCCCUGAUGGAGGCUACUGAGACCAAGAAGAACCGUUCAAUCUUCAAAAAGUGCAUUAAAGACACAGAUGAUGGAAACAAUGAUGACAAGAUGGACAUCGACUCAGAUCCAGCCCAACUAAUUACAUCCCACGAAGCCGAAACUGUCGAUCUUGAUGAGAUAUUUGGUUCCUUCCCGAUAGAGGGCAAAACACAUAACGCGUUGCACAAAUGGGAGCGACAAGACCUGGAUGCAGCGGUCGAUCAAGGCCACAUUUCUGAAUUAAUGCUGUGUCUGUGCUCCGAGCAUGAGGAAGUGCGGCGACAGGCAUUUUCUAGCCUUGUGCGUUUUAUGGCGAAGUUGAAGGAAUCUAAUUACGCCGAUUGGCGUUCGGUGUACAUCGUUACUGGAGAGCUGCUUGAGACCGUUAAUAGUAUUGGUCUUGAUAAGCCCAUUCCAUGGAUCGUCGGCGAGUGCGCCUCUAACUGCCUGUCUGUUCUCAUAAACCCAAUGCAUAAGGCGUACGGCAAGGUCAACGAGUUCCUUCAAAAAGCACCAAUCUGGGAAUUGAAGAAGAUUCCAUCUUACUGGAUCGAUCGAAUUCUCCAGAAUGAACCUGAGCUUGAUGACGGAUACUCUGAUGAGAUAGAUUGGAUGCUUGGACUAUUUGUUAAGGGUCUUCGAAGCCAAGCUGACCUGGAGGUUUACCGACGUGCACAUGUUUUCGAGCGCAUUCUAGCUCUUUACCAGUCGCCAACUCUUACUGUUGCGGCUCGACGAAACAUCCUACACAUUGUUUACCGAGCCGCGCAGGUGGGCGGCAGUACAACACUCAUCACGCGUGCAGCGAUCAUCAGCUGGAUCCAAUCUCAGCUUCCCGAAGCUGAUGAGAAAGAAGCUUCAAUGCUUGUUGCUCUUGCUAAGAAGUUGUAUGAAACAUCCGAUCGAAAGCGUAUUGCUGCAUGGGGUGCCGGCACUCUUGAGAAGGCUCUGGAGUACAUUUCACAACAAUAG